UAUAGUAUCUUAACACCCCUAACUAAAGAUGCUAACAUUGCAAAUUUGAGCCAAACUAGCUGAACAGAUAUCAUUGUGUUUGGUCCGCAUAAGAGGAAGGAGAAAGAAAAGUAAAGGAGCAAGAGCGUUCUCAGAAAUGGGGGCCUAAAAGGGUCUCGGUCAAAACAGUCAAUAACACAGAAAUGGAUGUAAAUAACUCAAAAACCAAAGGGCAUUCACGGCAAUCCAGGCCCUUUAUAAACAGAAACUCUCCCGCCACUCAACCAUUCGUAUAACUGCUUACAAAGUUGAUCACUCUGAGACUUCCCUGAAGACUUCAAUAACCCCAUCAACCAUGAUCAUCACCAGCGCCGCCACUGCCCAGCUUCCACUCAUUGCUCUCUUCCUUGCCUCUGUGGUCCUCCUCGCCGCCUCUGCUGCUGCCCCACCACAACCGCCACCGCAAUCGAGCUGCACCGAGGAGCUUGUUCUGUUCUCGCCAUGCCUGCCCUACAUCUCGUCUCCGCCCAACAACCUCUCCGCCACACCCUCUGACAUUUGCUGCCACGCCUUCUCCUCAGCUUUGAACUCCAGCAGCAAUGGCGUUUGCCUCUGUUACCUUGUCCAGCAGCCCUCAAUCCUCGGUUUUCCAGUCAGUGGCACAAAAGUGCUCUCUCUGCCUUCGGUCUGUCCACUGACGAGAAAUGGCAGUUCGACGAAGGAGGGAUCUUUGGGGUCGAUUUGCUCAGGGUCAGCAGCAUUGCCUCCUCUCCGGAGCCCAACAAGCUCAGAGCUUACACAUCCUUCUGGUUCAGGUUUCAAUAAUUUUGCAUCUCCACCAGAACCUGAGAAGAAUUCAUCUGCAACGUCAAGCUCGUCACCGGAGUUUGCCAAGACACCACCCAAAACAGGGAACUCAUCGGUAGAACCGGCUACAGUUUCAUCAGCCACCAAACAAGUUUACAGCACCAACAGUUGGUUUCCACCCGGCACACUGAUUUUCUUUGUUUCUAUCUCCACUCAUCUAUGUUCAUACACCUUAUGAUUACCUUUUUCCGCAGCCAUUGGCAUGUUGGGAUUGUAGACAGAAGCUCCUGUAAUAUUUCCUUUACCCAGUAUCCAGCAUAUCAAGCAAAUU